GACCACCAACUUCGUUUAGACCAGCACCGCGCCAUGUCAGGAGUCCUUGCAACUGAAGUCCGCAAACACGCACCACGGCCGGCUCGCGCUGCAGGCCGGUAUUGGAAGGGAAAGGCACCAAAAGGUGCCGCGGCCGCUGGCUCAGACUCGGAGGAUGAAGAAGAGGACGAGGGCUCCGAACUCGAGCAUGGUGACGUACCUAUUACAGGAGAAGGAGACCUGGACGCCGAGGAAGAUGAGGACGAGGAGUUAGCACCGGUGAUAGCACCUUCGAGGGCCAAGGCAAUAAAUGUGUCCCUCAAGGAUGUCAAUAUUUCCAGGGACGGGAAGGUUAUUGUUGCUGGGAGGGAAGAGUCUGGGCGGACUGCGAUGGAGGAGUCGGAAGAGUCCGAGUCUGAGGAGGACGAGGAGGACGAGAAGCCAGCCCGGGCCGUAGCUGGUGCAGAGGAGGAUGAAUCAGAAGAGAGUAAUGAAGAAGAGUCUGAAUCUGAAGAGGAGCAACCUAAAGUGCAGUUCAGACCUGUUUUUAUUCACAAGCGAAAUCGGGCUACUAUUGCUGAACGAGAUGCUAUGGCACAGGAUACCGAGGAUGUGCUCCAGCAAAAGGAAGCGGCGGCGGAGGAGAGGAAGAAACAGAGUCACGACAUGGUAGCGGAGAGCAUCCGCCGAGAACUUGCUGAAAAGGAGAAAGAAGACGUAGUUCCAGAUGUGGACGACACAGACGGUUUGGAUCCGGCGGGGGAAUUCGAAGCCUGGAGAUUGAGGGAGCUGGGAAGAAUCAAGAAGGAGAAGGAGGAAGAAAUUCGCCUAGAGCAGGAGCGCGAAGAGGUCGAACGGCGUAGGGCACUACCGGAAGAGCAGCGGUUGAAGGAGGACAUGGAGCGUGCGGAACGAACUCGAGCGGAGAAACCAAAAGGACAGCAGAAGUUCCUUCAGAAGUAUUGGCACAAGGGUGCUUUCCAUCAGGAUGAAGAAAUUCUCAAACGUCAUGACUUCACGGAAGCAACGGAGUCAACUAUGGAUAUAUCAAUGCUACCUAAGGUCAUGCAGGUGAAGAACUUCGGCAAGCGCAGCCGUACAAAGUAUACACACUUGCUCGAUCAAGAUACAGCCGCUGGUAAUGGCGGGUUUGGGGGUGCUGGAUCCGUCAAGAGCGGAGGGAAGGGUACCGAGGGGGGAGGCUGCUUCCUUUGUGGGGGUCCUCACCUGAAGAAAGAUUGCCCGCAGAACACAGGUCCAAACGCUUCUGGUUCAAAUGCAGCACCACUUGCACACAGUAAAGGAGACACCAGAUCAUGGCGUGACCGUGAGGAUGACAGUCACGAUCGUCGCCCUCCCAAAGACGAUGGCAGACGCUCGUCUUAUCGACCCAAUUAUCGAGACGAACAAGAGAGGAACGGGUUCGACUCCCGGAGCAGUCGACGUCGGUCUCCUUCGCGGUCACGGUCUCGCUCGCCCGCAGGUGGGAGACGCGGGUACGAUCGCCACGACGAUCAUAGACGAGCCGUACGCCCGCUUUCUCGAGAACGCGACGAUUCAUACCGGGACAAGCGCCGGCGGCUAGAUUAGACAUGUACGUGUACACUAUUACUUAUAUACACCAUCCUCUUCUUGAGAUCUGGGGCUGAAAUGUUCGAUCUGGGAAGUUGAC